ACCUCCAAAUGUGUUUAGAUCUAUCUACCGACGUUGUAUUUCCAGUAGAAAAAAGAACGAAAAAGCAGUCGGUGGGGUUUACACUAUGCCGGAUCUAGUCGAGUCUAUAUAUUAUUCUACUAAGGCGUGUAUUAACAAUAAUUAAUUCUACUCCUAUAUCCCUCUCGCUCUCCAAUCACGCUUUUCGCCACUUGUUUCGACCCAGAUCUCAGAUUUUGAUUCAGAUCUAGCAAGAAGCAGAGUUAUGGCUCAGGGAAAGUAUUCCCGGGUCGAUGGGAAGAAAUCGUCUUGUUCCACGGCUACCAUUGUGGUGGUUGUAGGGUUUUGCUUAGUUGGGGUAUGGAUGUUUAUGUCAUCAUCUGCUUUCCCUGGCCAAUCUACUGAUUUGCCCGCCGUCACAAAUAAGCAGAAAGAAGUUUCCACCAGGUCAUCUUCCAAUUCCCAGUUUGAAGAUAAUUCAGGUGAUUUAGCAUCAGAUGAUCAAGAAAACACCAAUUCUGACACAAAUGAAGUUGUUGAAAGCAACUCAGGAGAUGACUCAAAUACUACUGAAUCGAAUGGAAGCGACAAGAAUUCCAAUUCUGACACAAGUGAAAGCGAGAAGAACAAUAAUGAUUCAAAUCAAAGUGAAACAGAAAAGAAAGAUGAAGACAAGAAGCCAGAAGAAGAUUUAUCGUCUGAGAUUCUAAAAGAAACAAAUGCACAAAACCGGGCGUUUUCAACUCAAGCCGAUGAGUCAGCAAGUGAGAAAAAAUCACAAAAUGUUUACAAUUGGAAGACAUGUAAUGUGACCGCUGGCCCAGACUAUAUUCCUUGUCUGGACAACUUGGAAGCCAUUAGGCACCUACAUGGCAGAAGCCACUACGAACACAGGGAAAGGCACUGCCCUGAGGACCCACCUACAUGCCUUGUUCCUCUUCCUGUAGGCUAUAAAACACCCAUCAAGUGGCCUAGAAGCCGAGAACAGAUAUGGUACAGUAACGUCCCGCAUACCAAGCUUGCUGAGGUUAAAGGACAUCAAAAUUGGGUCAAAGUUUCCGGCGAGUACCUUACGUUUCCUGGUGGCGGUACACAGUUCAAGAAUGGAGCCCUUCACUACAUAGAUUUCAUCCAAGACUCACUUGCUGAUAUUGCAUGGGGCAAGAGAACCCGAGUGAUUUUGGAUGUUGGAUGUGGUGUUGCUAGUUUCGGGGGGUAUCUUUUUGAAAGAGAUGUGAUUGCAAUGUCAUUUGCUCCAAAGGAUGAGCAUGAAGCUCAAGUGCAAUUUGCACUUGAAAGGGGUAUUCCUGCUAUUUCAGCUGUUAUGGGUACCCAAAGGCUCCCAUUUCCAAGUAAGAUCUUUGAUGUUGUUCAUUGUGCCCGUUGCAGAGUCCCAUGGCACAUUGAAGGUGGUAAACUUCUGUUGGAGCUUAAUCGCGUGUUGCGACCUGGUGGUUAUUUUGUGUGGUCUGCUACUCCAGUAUACCGAAACACGUCUGAAGAUGUGGGAAUAUGGGAAGCUAUGUCUAAACUAACAAAGGCAAUGUGCUGGGAGUUGGUGGUGAUCAACAAUGACAAAUUGAAUGAGGUUGGUGCAGCAAUAUAUAGAAAACCGAUGACUAAUGAAUGUUAUGAAAACAGACAACAAAACGAUCCACCACUAUGUGAAAGCAAAGACGAUCCUGAUGCAGUCUGGAAAGUGCAACUUGAAUCAUGUAUGCAUAAAGUACCCGUUGAUGAAUCAGCGCGUGGAUCAAAAUGGCCAGAGACUUGGCCACAGAGGUUGGAGUCACCACCAUACUGGUUAAAGACUAGUGAAGUUGGAGUUUAUGGAAAACCGGCACCAGAAGAUUUCACUAGUGAUUAUGACCACUGGAAACGUGUUGUUUCUAAAUCUUAUCUGAAUGGUUUGGGAAUCGAUUGGUCUUCUGUCAGAAAUGUCAUGGACAUGCGCUCUAUAUACGGAGGAUUUGCUGCUGCAUUGAGGGAUCUUAAGGUCUGGGUGAUGAAUGUUGUGCCUCUUGAUUCACCAGAUACCCUUCCAAUUAUAUACGAACGCGGAUUGUUUGGCAUUUACCAUAAUUGGUGUGAAUCCUUCAGCACUUACCCACGCUCGUAUGAUCUUCUUCAUGCUGAUCAUCUUUUCUCAGAUGUUAAGAAAAGGUGCAAGUUGCAAUCGUUAAUGGCGGAAGUCGACAGAAUGUUGAGACCAGAAGGUAAACUGAUCGUGCGUGACAACGUCGAGACCAUUGCUGAGGUGGAAGACAUGGCAAAAUCUUUGAACUGGAAAAUUAAAACGAGUUACAGCAAAGACAAAGAAGGGUUGUUAUGUGUAGAGAAAACAUUAUGGCGUCCCACUGAGGUGGAGACCGUACCUUACGCCAUUGAAUAGAAGUCAUGCUUUUUUUCAACCAACGGUACGCGUUUUGUUCUUUUCACUUAUUAAUUUAAUUGCAAUUGUAAUUGUCCUUGUCAUUUGUUUUAGCCAUGUGUAAUUGUUGUUUUUGUAACGAUUUUGAUCUUUGCUGGUUUUAGAACAAUUUUACUGUAACAGUAACACUACACACAUUAUCAUAUUUAGCUAUGAAAUUGAAGUUAUACAGUUGAGAGUUUUGUA